AUGCCUCUGCUGGAGAUCUUUCUUUGGGCCAUUCUAGUAACCGUAUCCAUUGUGGGCCUUUUAGGAAAUGGAUUUAUUACAGCUGUGAAUGGGCACCGAUGGCUCCGAAAGAGGAAGAUGUUGCCUUGUGAUCUCCUUCUGACUAGUCUGGGCAUCUCCCGAUUUCUGUUACAGGUGAUUUCUUUAGUAGGUUGUGUUUUGUAUUACAUCUCUUCAGAGAUCUCUCUCGGUUCUUAUACAGGGGCACUUACCCACUUUUCCUGGAUCUUUCUCAAUAUGGCCAGCCUCUGGUGUGCUACAUGGCUCAGUGUUUUCUAUUGCCUAAAAGUCACCAACUUUACCAAUCCUCUUUUCAUCUGGCUGAAGCUGAGGGUGAAUACUCUCGUUCCCAGACUGCUUGGAAUAUCAAUUACUGUUUUCACCAUCUUCAUCCUGCCUCCAUUUGUUGAUUACUCUAUAAACAAGAAGUGGUGCAAUCGAACAGGAACUCUGCCAGCAAAUGCCAGCCAAAGUGCAAUUUGCAAAACAAUCUCUGGCUUAUUUGGUCCGCCACAAUUAGUUUUCGGUUCCAUAAACUUCAGCAUAAAUGUAACUGCAUCCAUUCUUUUGCUUUUAUCUCUGUGGAAGCACAUGAGAAACCUAAAAAACAGUAGUGCUGGUGUUAAGGACCUCAGUACUCAGGUCCAUAUCAAUGUCAUGAAGCCUUUGCUGUUCUCUCUCUUCCUGUACCUUUUAUAUUUCCCUGGUAUGGUCUUUUUCACAAUGAAUAUUUUUACAUUUGGAAGAAAUGAAUCACUGUUUCCUCGGUUGUUGUUGAGUGCUUUCCCUUCAGCACACUCCAUUAUAUUAAUAGUGACCAAUCCAAAAUUGAAAGAAGUCUCUGCCCGCAUUCUAAGGAAGACAAAGGACAUCCUAGAGAGAAGAGACUAG